AUGAAGUACUUGAAAAUCCAUGAUUUGUUGAGGGACCUUUGCUUGAGAGAAGCUGAAAAGGAGAGGUUUUAUCAUGUGGUUGGGCAACAUAAUCCUCUAGGCUCGUCUAUCCAACGCCGUGUAGUUAUUCCGAGAAACACUUCAGAGAAGGAAGGCCUUGAUGCCAUGAGAUCUACACCACAUGUCCGUUCCUAUCUAAGUGAUUAUGAAAGAGUUCUAUUGUUGCCUGAUUUAAGAUUGUUGAGGACAUUUCGAGCAUAUGACAAAUUUUCCCAUCCAAAAAAUGGACAUGAGUAUUCCCUGAGAGAAUUGUUCGAGUUGGUUAAUUUGAGGUUUCUUGCUAUUUGUCAUAAAAAAGGUUCCCAACUUCCUUCUUCAAUCAAUCACCUCUGGUGCCUUCAGACAUUAAUUCUUCAUCCUCUACCAAUCCUGAGAUCUAAGUCCUCAGAAAACAAGUAUGUGCCGGUUGAAAUUUGGAACAUGUCUCAACUUAGGCAUGUCGAUUUCUAUGUUUAUGGCUGGCACAGUGGUGGAGGAUUGCAUCUCCCAGAUCCUCCGAGUGACAACAUUGUGAUCAUGGAGAAUCUACAAACCCUCAAAGGAGUAAUAAAUUUCAAGUGUGAUGAGAUGAUGGUUCGUAGAAUUCCCAAUAUUAAGAAAUUGGGACUAUUUUUCAUCAUACCUAAGGGAAUUGAUUCUGGUGAUGAUGAGGACUAUUGUCUCCACAACGUUGAACGUCUGCAAAAGCUUGAAUCUCUCAGUUGCAAAGGCCAUGGGGAAGGCCAGUUCCCCAGUCUCAAAUAUUUGAAACUUGUCUCGUGUAGUGGCUUGGAAUGGUGGAUGACGGAGAGCUCUCACUUCCCAUGCCUCGAGCACCUUAGUCUUUACAUGGUAUCUUUGAAGGAGUUCCCUUCAGAACUUGGUGAAAUCCCGACACUGAAAUCCGUGAGAAUGCAUCAUUGCAAUGAAGAAUUAGUGAUAAGUGCGAGGAGAAUGGUUGCGGAACAAGAGGAAUUACAAGGAGAAGAAGAAAUAUCUUUUAAAGUUUCCGUUAUCCUCAGCGAGAGCUACGAUGAGGACCAUUUUCUGAUGACCUUAGCAAAUCGCAACUUUAAAGUUGAAAUAGAGCGUUACUCGUGA